AAAGAGGGAGAGGGAUGUGUGAAUGACUGUACCUAUGGUGGAGGUGGGCUGUGUGUUGCCGGAGAGCAAGGACAAGAGAAGGGGAGGAAAAAGAGAGACAGAAAUGAGAACAGAGAGAGAGAGAGAGCAAUGUCUGACUAACCCCUGACGGUGGCUGGAUGGAGGAGGUGGGGGGCCUGUGUUUGUUUUGAGUUGCAGCAGCAGCAGAAGCAGCAGCUGUAGCAGUAGCAAUUGCUACACUUCACAAACCCAUUCACUGCUUUCUUGGAACGGGACUCUCAUUCUCAUCCUACCCCUCCCUCUCUUCAACACACUCACUCUUUCUAUCUAUCUACCUCUGUGGCUCUCUCUGUAGCACUCUCUCUGCAGGGCUCUAUGUGGCUCUCUCUCUGUGUGGGUCUCUGUAUGGCUCUCUCAGUGAGUGAGCGAGCGUGUGAGGUGAAGUGAGUAGGACUGCAGGCUUGUGAGCCACUGCAGCAAGAACUGCUGUCCUCAGUGGCCCGAGCAGGCUACAGCAAGAAGGGUGCUUGACAUCGAUUUUGGACUCAGAAGCAGAAAAACAAGGGAGCCUUCUGCAUCAGAUGGAUGGACAGAUAGAUAGAGGGGGAGGAUUCGUCUGGUCCGACUGACUGCGCUUUCGGGGCAGACGGAGGGACGUGAUGCACCCGUCCAUGUCAAGGUGACACUGCGGCACGGAGGCAGCCAGGAAGAGGAGAGGAGAGGGGAGAGAGGAGAGGAGACAGUAAGAACAGGAGAGAGCUUGCACCAGAUUCUGAAAGAAUGUGCUGACAGGAGAAGUGACGAGAAGUUUACGCUCUCUCUCCUUCUGCUCUCCGCCUCUCCCUCCCUCCCUUCCACACAUCCAUUCAUCCUCCCUUCCUCUCCCCUCCAUCUUGCAGCUGACUAGGCUUGCAGGAGAGGCAACUGCUGGGGAGCUAGCUCCUGGAGGAUGUGAGGGCCUAGCCGGCCCCCCUGGAGCAGGCUCUGUGGCCAGGGAAGGGGUCUCAGGGCCGGGGCCAAGGGCCAGGGGCCAGAGGCCAGGGGGUGAGGCCUUGGGUUGGGGCGUUUGGCUGGAGCCCACACCGUCAGAAACAUGGAGAGCUACUACAACCUUCUGCAGGCUGGCUGUGAACUACAGAGCACACUGCAACAGGUCUCUGUCCCCUUGAGUAUGAAAGAAGUGGGUGGCUACAUAGAGAAGCAAGUAGCAUAUUUAUCAGGUGGUCGUGGCGAGGACUCCAGUGUCAUCAUCACCCUGCCAGAGUGCUCUGAGUUCUGUGACAUCCCAGAGGAGGCCCUGGCCAAAGUGCUCACCUAUCUCACCUUGAUCCCCAGAGCUCGACAACCUGGAGUUAAAUUUAUCGUCAUAUUAGACCGGCGGUUGGAUACAUGGGGCUCGAUCAAAACAGCCCUGGCAAGGAUUGCGGCCUCCUUCCCUGGGAACCUGCACCUGGUCCUGGUGCUGAGACCCACCAGCUUCUUCCAGCGCACCGUCACCGACCUGGGCUUCAGGUUCAGCCAAGAGGACUUCAUGCUCAAGAUGCCUGUGGUGAUGCUCAGCUCAGUCACAGACCUGCUGCACUACAUCAAUGAGAACCAGCUCACCUCCGAGUUCGGGGGGACCCUGGACUACUGCCACAGUGACUGGAUUGUCCUGCGAACGGCUAUUGAGAGCUUUGCGGUGAUGGUGAAGGACAUAGCCCAGAUGCUGCAGGCGUUCGGGACGGAGCUGGCCGAGACAGAGCUCCCGGAGGAGGGCAAUGCCAUCGAGUUCCUGCUGCUCUCACACACCGAGAAAUACAGACGACUCAAAGAUGCCAUCCGGUCGGUGAUGAGGGAAGGUCGGCACCUGCUGUCCAGCCUAGAGGCUUCUGGGAAGGAGGAGGGAUCCCUGGUACACUGGGACAUCCCCCAGGACUGGGAGACAGUUCAGAGGCUGCUGGCCCAGCUGAGGGACAUGGAGCUGGCGUUUGAUGGCUUUUUCGACAAGCACCAUCUGAAGCUGCAGCAGUACCUACAGCUCCUCCGAUACGAGAGCAACUUCCGGGAGAUGGAGUGUUUGCUGGUGAAGCUGUCGUCUCAGGAGCGAGAGGUGAGCAGCUCAGGGGAGACGCUGGGCCAGACUGAGCAGGCACUCAGAGACCUGGACACCCUUGACACCAAAGCACAGGAGGAGAUGGGCAAGGCGCAGCUUUUGAUUCUGCAUGGGCACCAGUUGGCCACCAACCACCACUAUGCCAUGGCCCUGAUCGUGCAGCGCUGCAACGAGCUGCGGCACCACUGUGACACGCUCAACAACGCGCUCCGGGCCAAGAGGGACGCGCUCACACACAUGCAGACCCUGCAGCAACGACUGGAGGAGGCCCAGCGCUGGUGUGACGAGGGAGCCUACUUGCUGGCCAAUCAGCAGGUGGAUAGGUUCCAGUCUAAAGAGGGGGCCCAGGCGGCGCUGCGCGAUAUCGAGAAGUUCCAGGAGGGGGCGCCAGCUCUCCUCGGCACAGGAGCAGACGUCCUCUCCAUGGAGUACGAAACUGUGCUCACCCCGCCACUACAGGCUCUGAUUGUGAAGGCGUUUGAGAAGCAGACUACGGUUCAGGGCAUGAUUGACAGCCGGGUGGCGUGCCUGAGGAAGAUGGCUGAUAAGCACGUGAGGCCCAUACAGCUGGUGGCCCCUCGGCCCGAUCACACGCCACGCUGCAAAUCACCCAUCUUCUCCCCCAAACAUGACUUGAAGUUCACCUUUGACCUCUCCCUACCCGGCAAGAGGGGAUCCAGAAAAAGCCCCAACUCUCGAAAGAUUGAGGUGAUGCAUGAUUACCAAGAGAAUCGUAGCUGUCUGUCUUACCGUGGCGAGGGAGACGACAGCCCAGAUAUGCUGAAGAGACAUGUGAUGAGAGAGCUGAUUGAGACGGAGAGGAUCUAUGUGGAAGAGCUGCUGGCUGUGUUACUGGGUUACAGAGCGGAGAUGGACAACCCCUCCAUGUCCCUCCUCCUGCCUCCCAGCCUCCGCAACAAGAGGGACGUCCUGUUUGGAAACAUGCCCGACAUCUACAACUUCCACAGCAGGAUGUUUCUGCAGGAUCUGGAGAGCUGUCUGGAGACUCCCGAGGCGGUGGGGGCCUGCUUUCUGGAGCGGAAGGAGCAUUUCCAAGUCUAUGAGCGCUACUGUCAGAACAAGCCCCGUUCGGACUCUGUGUGGAGACAGUUCUCCGAUUGCGCCUUCUUUCAGGAGUGCCAGAGGAAACUAGAGCACAAACUGGGUCUGGACUCCUACCUGCUGAAGCCAGUGCAGCGCCUCACCAAGUACCAGCUGCUGCUCAAGGAGCUGUUGAAGUACAGUGCAGGGUCGCAGUACACGGCUGAGCUGCAGGGGGCACUAGACGCCAUGCUGGACCUGCUGAAGGCCGUCAACGACUCCAUGCACCAGAUCGCAAUAACAGGAUACGAGGGGGACCUGUCGGCGCUGGGCCGCGUGCUGAUGCAGGGCUCGUUCAGCGUGUGGAUCAGCCACAAGAAGGGCCCGUCCCGCAUGAAGGAGCUGGCGCGCUUCAAGCCCAUGCAGCGCCACCUCUUCCUGCACGAGCGCGCGCUGCUCUUCUGCAAGCGGAGAGAGGAGCACGGAGACGGGGGCGAUAAGACCCCCUCCUACAGCUUCAAACACUGCCUCAAGAUGAGUGCAGUUGGCAUCACAGAGAAUGUGAAGGGAGACGUGAAGAAGUUUGAGAUCUGGUACAGCGGGAGAGAGGAGGUCUACCUGGUGCAGGCACCAACAGUAGAAAUUAAGCUAGCAUGGCUGAACGAGAUCAGAAGGAUCCUCACCAACCAGCAGAAGAUUCUCAGAGAGGAACUUUCUCUUGCCCAUCGUACUCCAGAGCACAUCCAGUUAUCCCCACCCCUGUGUGAUAGCAAGCAGCAGCGGGCGUCAGUGAGCUCUGAGGACACCGAGUCCGGACGCAGCAGCCCCGACCCGCUCUGCUUGUCCCCUCAGCAUCAGCGCAAUCGACGGAGCUGGCCUGGAGCUCCCCACUCGGUGGACAUCUGUGAGGGCCUGGAGGACUGGAGUGGAGGCCACCGACUCCUGCCCCUCUCCGACACAGAGGAGGAGGACACCACACACCUGACUCCGGGCAGGUACAAAACGAGGGCCGACUGUCCUAAAAAUGGAUCCCACGACCUGAACAUCAAGUGUGGGGACAUCAUCCAGCUACAGAGGGAGGACAGCGAGGGCAUUUGGCUUGUGAAGAACUUGAGUCGUGGACAGGAGGGCCACGUCCAGGCAUCACUGCUACAGCGAGUCCUCUUGGGCAGCGGCAGGGGACACUCCUCCAUACAGCUGGCUGACCCGGCGACUAGGAAAACGAGGAAGCUCAGUUCGCCAUAGGAAUAUCACAACUCCAUCUCCAGCUGAUGCUGCUACAGAGGAGGAGGACCAUCAUGCGUUCAUGGACCAUGAUCUACUACGAGAGCCUGUGCUGUCCCAGGCUGCAGAGGCGGGGGCCAAUGUGGUUCCGUAGACUCUGGGGAGGACGCACGGUAUCAAAUAAACAUCAAGCCUGACCUCCCAGAAUUCAACAUGGAUUUCUGUGAGAUCACUUUGGAGCAUCAAUAUGUCACACAUACCCACGUUCCACCACAAUCUCCCUUGAAUUCUGCACUUGAGUUUUGAGUGUGAACUGGCAAUGUGGUGGUCAUUUUCAUGGAAUAUGUGAUGUUAUAUUGACGCAUUGAUGAGUCACACGUUUUCUACCACAGCAAAAAAAGAAACAAACAAACGAUAAACAGAAAUGAAAUGUUGUUUGGGAACGCUCUGAUCAGGUAAUCCCUUGGUGUACAUCUUCCAGAAGAAGCCAGCCUUGUUUUCCUGACGCAAAUAUUCUGUGUGCCGACAGUGUGGAAACAUUUUUUGUCUGGCAUCCGAGCAGAAAAGUUAUGGACUCAUGGAAGCAGAUUAGUCCAUCCACACCAACAACAAAGUGUUCAUUGGCGACUU